CCAAAAACCAAAAAUGCCCGGGCUUCCUUGGGUCAUUCUUCUUUUCACCUUGUUCACAUCAAGUACCCACAUUCUCCGCUCACCAACCAUGUUCAAGCCUCGUCAAAUCGCCCAGAAAUUCGUAGCUCGCGAGCAAAGCGAAGGUGCCGGUGCUCGUGUCUAUCGAUCCAUCGGUUCGGCUCAGUUGCGCAGCCUCGACCCGUUCCUCGUACUUGAUGAAGCGAGCGUCGGGCUUCCAGGCGGCUUCCCAGCCCACCCGCAUCGUGGAUUUGAGACUGUAUCGUACAUGCUCCCCACGUCCAAAGGCCAUUUCCAACAUGAAGACUUUCUGGGCAACAAGGGCACGCUACAACCUGGUGAUCUGCAGUGGAUGACUGCUGGACGGGGGAUUAUGCACUCGGAAAUGCCGAAAACCCGUGAACCUGCUCACGGUCUCCAAUUAUGGGUUAACCUGCCAAAGCAUCGCAAAAUGAUUGAGCCUCGGUACCAGGACGUCCCCCGUGAAUCGGUGCCACAUGCUUUCAAUGAUGACAAGAGUGUCGAAGCUCUUGUCUUUGCCGGCGAAGUGUUCGGCCAGUGGGGCCCCAUUGAAACGGAAGCUCCUGUCACGUACGUACACUUUAUGUUGGAUGCAGGAGCCCAGCUCGAGUAUCCCGUUCCUUCGACGCACAACGCGCUCGUGUACGCGAUUAGUGGUACGGGGAAGUGUAUUGGAGCCUCGAUUCAGCCGCAUGAGGCCAUCGUGAUGGAGAAGGACGGGGACGGCGUGUUACUGACGGCAGCGGAAAAUGACAAGCUAGAGGUGAUCGUGAUGACAGGUGAACCUCUGAAUGAACCGGUUGUGCAGCACGGCCCGUUCGUGAUGAACUCGAUGGAAGAAAUCCGCCAGACUUUUGAAGAUUUCCAACUGGCCAAGAAUGGCUUUGAGAACGCGCGUACGUGGGAGUCGAAGAACCGCAAUCGUCGUUAGAUUUUGAGAGAGGGAUGAAAUCACAUAUCGAAAGACAAAACUAAAACCAAAUGACAAGAAAAGUGUGUUUCAGAAAG